AUGUUUGGGGAUGACGAAUUUGUGAAGGAAUAUAUAAAUGGAAAUAUCUCUAAAAUCGAGGAUGUGGAAAUUCACGUGGAAAAAAUGAACAAGGAAAUAAUGGAAUUGGACAAGAUUAUCAGCGAAAAGAUAGAAAAUCAAGUCCUAAGGGAAGUAGAAUAUGAAGAUAAAUUAAAAAGCAUAAAAGAGAAAAUGAAAUUAAUAAAUAACAAAAUGGAACAAGUAGAUAAAAAAACAGAAGAAAGUGAACACAUUUUAGUAAGGUUAUGUAAAGAUAUUAAAAAAUUAGAUAUAGGAAAAAAAAAUGUCACAGAAACUAUUAUAAUAAUGAAAAGGAUUGUUAUGGUUAUAACUGCCAUAAGCAACUUGAAAAAAAAAGCAUUGAAAAGGGAUUACAGCAGUUGCAUUCCUCUGGUUUCCCUUAUCAAGGAAAUGCUUAUACACAUCUCCGAUUUGAAGACAAAUUCAAAACUAAGUGCAUUAUACAAAGAUGCAAGUGUCAUUUUUGACGAUUUAAAGCACCAAAUAAAGGAAGACAUCGAUUUAAUAUACGACCCCGAUGUUCACAUUGAGAAAAACCUAAUCGUGGUUAACGAAAUGAGUUGCAGCGAAAUAAGUCACCAUGAGGUGAAGCACGAUCCAAUGUAUCGCGGCCAAAUGAAUAGCAACCCAGACAAUCACAACCCAGAGGAUCACAACCCAAUGAGCUCCAACCCAAUGAGCUCCAACCCAAUGAACCGAGACAAAAGUGAUCAGCUAUGCAUUAACCUGUUCGAUGCAUGCAAAUGCUUAUAUGAGUUGGAUCACGAAUUUGUGUCGGACGUUGCUAAGAAAUUUACAAAUUUUUUUCUAGAAAAAUACAUUGUCAUUUUUGAGAAUCAAGGAAACAAUUUAGAAGGGAUUGAUAGACGCAUGGCGUGGUUAAAACGAUCCUUAAAUAGCUAUGAAAAUAACUAUGCUUCUAUUUUUCCUCCAGUUUAUAAUAUACCUUAUCAUAUCGUUAGCAAAUUCUGCUCAAUCACGAAAAAACAUGUUGUAAAAAUUAUGUCUUCUUCUGUUGAAGAAAUUAAUCCAGUUUCGCUUAUACAGACCGUUAUUAAAGUUAUUAAUUUUGAAAAUUUUUUAACAAAGAAUGUUACAUAUUAUGCUGAAAAAUGUACCAUUUCUUCUUAUUCUUACUCAUCUAUGGAAUUUCCAUUUCCAGAAUUGAUUAUGCAAAAGGAUUUAACAUCAACACUCGGUGAGAUACUUCCAGAAGAGAAUUUCCCUCAUAAUGGUCACGUAAAAGACGACGAAUUCUCGUCCUCCAUUACAAAUGAAGUGCAAGGAGGAACUCAAUACAAAGAUCAUUAUAAAAUUUCACUUGACGAUCGAAAUGACAAAAUUAAAAGCAGUAAUAUGAAUCAGUCAUAUUUGCGAAAUGUUUUUAAUAUCACUUCCACAGAACAAGGCAGUAGUAUUAUUCCCCUUGAUAAGGAUAGUACCGAAUUGGGGAAUAAUAAAAAUCAAAUGAAAUCUUUCAAGCACACAGAUGAAGCACAUAAGGAAGCACAAAAGGAAGAAAAGCGUUACUUGGAGGAAGAAUAUUCUUCCAUAAUAUCACAGAGUGAAGGAAAAAAAAAAGAAAAGAGACAAAAUUUCAAGGGCGUAAUUUCUUGUGUAUUCGAUAGCUAUCUGUGCAGCUGGUUAAAAUAUGAAGAGAAAAAGAUUGUAGUAAAAUUUGAAAAUAUAAUAAAUGAUGAAAAUAAAGAAGAUAGCAUAAUAAGCAGUGGAAGAAAAAAUGAAACAAAAGUGCCAAACAUGAUUGCAAAGGAAACAUUUGCUGAUGUUAAUAAUAUUUUGAAAAAGAAUGAAGAACAUGCUCCCGAAAUUUAUUUUGAAAUUACGGAAGAAAAACAUUCAGUGUAUAAAUCAGCUUAUAAAUUAUUCUAUAUAUACAAAAGUUAUGUUAAUAUGAUAUUAUUGUUUAGCAAUUGUCAAACUUUAUAUGAUUUUGUGAUUUUCUUUAAAACAUUAUUAUUAAAAUAUAGUGAAGAAUUGAAUAAGAGAAUAGUAAAAAAUGUAAAAGAAGAAAAUAAAAUUAAACAUUUCAAAUUGUUGUCUAUUAUAAUUAAUACAAGUUCUUACGUAGAACAGACGCUUAAUGAAGCACAAGAAAAUAUUGUGAAAGAUAUUGAUUCAAUUUAUAAAGAAAAAAUAUCUUUUAAAGAGGAGGAAAAGCUAUUUUUACAAAUAAAAACAAAAUGUAUUAAAGGAAUUAUCACAUUUAUGGAAAAUAAAAUAAAUACCAUCAUUUCGAAUAAUAAUAUUGUAAACAUAUUUGACAUAAAUAAUAUUCAAGAAAAGUCAUUUUAUAUAAUCAAUAUGGAAUCAUUUAUACGUGAAUACUUUUCUUUUUUUAAAAAAAUAUUUAACGAAACCUACUUUACAUAUUUGCUGGAAAAAACUAGUACCUUAAUAAUUCAGCAAUUUUAUCAUACCAUUCUUUCAUUUCAGUUUAUGACAAAUAUAACGGCGCAGCAGUUACUUAUAGACUCUCAUGAGAUUGAACAAAUUUUACUUCAUAUUCCUACUUUGUUGAACCAGAAAAAGGGUGAAACGCAUGAGGAAUGGCGAAGAACAGCAAAAAAGGAAGACCAACAAAUCUUCACACCUGAAUUGAACGCAUUGCACAAAACGGAAAGUGGACUAGCUACCACUGCUUCGGCAGAGGCAGACGCAGAUACAGAUGCAGAUACAGAAGAGGAGAGAUACGUUAUCCCACAAACAUAUUUCAGCUAUGUAAAAAAUCAAAUGAAAAAAAUUAAAUUUUUAAUUAAAAUAUUUAUCUCAAAUAUUUAUGACAUGAACUCUUUUAAUUUACUUCUCACGGAAAAUAACAACAUAUGUACCAUCCAGGAAAUUGAAAAAAUAUUGUCUCUAAAAGAUGACUGUAAUGAGGAAAAGUCCCCAAACGAUUCUAUUCUGAACAAGAAUUAUGUGAAUGACAUUAAGGAGAGAGGAAUAAAAGCUGCUGAGGAGGUCAAGUUUUUUUUCAACAAAAUUACCAACAUGUAG